AAAAACACAAAUCAAAAGAAUAAAUAAGAAACAAAAACACAAAAUUUUCUUCGGGAAAUAAGAAAAAAUUUUGAUCUUUGAAAAAUUGAAUGUGAAUUUAUCUAACAUUAAAUUAAAACAGUAUGGAUGUAGAUGAACAAAGUGAACAACCGGAAGCAAAUAGUUCUUCGGGUGCAACAGUCAAUGAAGAAGAAAUUGCGACUUCAAGCAAUGGAGUGAUAGCAAAAUCACAAGCAAAACCAAACACUAAGGAAAAUGAAAAAGCUACAGUUUCCUCGAUUAAUGUUGCUACUGUUCAGACAACUGCACCAGAUAUAUCUUCUAUCAAUAAUGAAGCUAUAACCAUAGAACCAGUUGGAAAUGAUGUCAGAAUGGCAACCCAAAUGCAUACACAACUUACGGUCCCCUCUAGUACUGCAGCAACAACUACUUCUGAGACAACUGGUGCUGAUGUCAUUAUGGCAACACAGGAUGUUGUACAAGAAAAUAACCACCGAGAAAUUUCUAAUAACUCCCAAGAAGAACAACCGCAAAGUGAAAAUGCCAAUGUUUCAGCCGAAAACAUAGAUGAGGAAGAACAUCAAAAUGAACAACAUAUUGAAAAUGCUGGUAUUGAUCCAAAUUAUCCUUUGGUGUUGGUUAGACGUGUAUCCAUGCCCUCUGCUGACGGUAGUCCCAGAGCUGAAUCAUCGACAGAAAACAAUAAUGAUGAAGCCGUUGCCAUGGAUGAGGAAAAUGGUGCGGUCGCUGACGGAGGAGAGGAGAUCGUUGUGGAAGGACGAUCUCCAGCUGAAAUUGUAGCCAUUUUCAAUUCCAUUUCAGCAGCUGGCAGUGAAAAUGAGGAUGAUGAUGAAGUUGAAGACGAUGAAGAUGUGGAAGACGCCUGGUCCGAGGAGGAUGAAGACGAGGCCGCCUUUUUGGAAAAUCCCAAUUUUCGUGGUUUUGCCAAUCAAUUUGAAGCAAUACGUAAUAUGAUUGCCCACACCAGACGCAGUAUGGCUGAAGCAGAAGCUAAUUUUGGACCAAUACCUCGCAAUUCCUUAAUGCAACGUUUUCGUCGCAUACUCUUUAUAUUAAAUAAUCGUCGCAGACGUCUUAUACGUUUAGGUCUAGCCACACCGGAUGUGGAGCUUCCAGAAGCCGAAGCAAAUGCCGAAAUGGAAGCAGCAAAUGAAGAUACUUCUGACAAUGAUGAUGCGGAAACUGCUGAAAGCCUUGCUAAUGAGGAAUCCAAUAAUAUGACUAUGGAACAAGAAGAGGAAAUGAAUGAAAAUGCCGUGCGUUUUGAUACUAAUUUACCAGCAGAACACUCAUACAUGGGCUCCAAUAUGAACCGUGUUUCUGGUGUAAACUAUUUAGAAGUGGAUCAAUAUGUUAAACUACGCUUAUUUAUACAUCAGCACGUUUUAUUUCCAGGAGAAGUUUUACCAUUUAUGGUCAAUAGUUCUACAACCAUAAUUGAAGGUGAUAUUGAUACACAAAACGGUAUACUAUUUGGUGUUUGUUUUCCUUGCUUAAGCAACAAUAAGUCAACAGCCAAUGGAGAUAUCAAUGUCUCGGCAUCCGAUGACAAAGAACAACUUUUAUAUGGAGUUACUUGUCAAAUUUAUGAAUUGGGCGACGACGGUCGCAGCAACACUUUGAUAAAGUCCAGAGCCUUGCAAAGAUUUGUCACUAAAGCCAGUGAUUUAAUGGUACCUUUGGAAUAUAUUACUGCACACCCACGCAUGAAAUGCUAUGGUUUUGUUAAGAUUUUACCCGAUAUUUAUUUGGUCGAUCCUUUGAAAUGUAUAAAUAUGGGUUCCAUGAAUCGUUUUCGCGACAACGUCUCUAUGCAGAAUAUGUACAAACGUUUCCAGGCUGCCACCACACCCUGGCCAGCAUAUGUCUAUGAAACUCAUAAUAUAUCGAAUAUAAUUGAAAAAGCACGUACACAAUUGGCGCAACAUAAAAUCGAUACUAUGCCUACUGAUCCCACUCAAUUAUCAUACUGGCUGGUGCGUAAUUUACAUUUACCCGAGGAUAUGUUAAAGUCUGUAUUUUUGGCUAAUACAGUAAAUACCAGAUUGAAACUUAUAGCCAGCACAUUUAAAAAGGAGACAAUUUUCAGUUGUCGUAAUUGUGCUAUCAAUAUAGCUGACUGCCGCGAAUUGUUUGCCAUGUCUAAACAUGGUGUACAAUCUCAAUAUUGUAAUUCUGCCGGCUAUAUACAUGAAACAAAUACGUUUUACCAAGUUAAUCGUCAAAAUAUUUUAUACAGUGGUUCGCCUUCAAGUGAAUUCAGUUGGUUUCCUGGUUAUCAAUGGCAUAUAAUUGUCUGUAAAAUCUGUAAACAUCACUUGGGUUGGGAAUUUAAAGCGAUUGAACCGAAUCUUAUACCCAAACAAUUCUUCGGCAUCUCAUCGUCCAGUGUGCGCGUACGUUUGGCUCAAGAGCGUAAUGAUGUACCAGUGCAAAAUGCCGUUUAUAUAAAUUUCUUACGUCUCAUGAAUGCCGGAAUGAAUGAGUUGCGCGAAGCCCGAAAUAAUAUGCCCAACAUAUGAAACGCUUUUAAACGAAAAUGUUGGUCAUGUUGUUGUAGCUGUUGUAAUAAUUAAUAAACAUAUUACAACACACAAAAUUACUGACAUUUUAUUUUUUUCUAAAAUUGAAUGGAAAAAGUUAUCUUUCUUUCUUUUUUGUAUUCUAUUAUGUUGUUAGUAACGCGUAUUGUUGUUUGUCACGUAAUUAAAUCGAAAACUUAAGGACAAAUGAAU